AUGGUCGAACUCCUUCUUGAAAACGGCGCUGCUAUCGAUGCCCAAGAUGAAGAUGGAAAUACCCCAUUACAUAUCGCUGCUAAACAUAACCAUGCAGAGAUUUGCAGAUUCCUUAUCAGCUCAGGAGCCGAUCAUAUGUCCGUUAAUAAGGAUAACUUGAAGGCUGCUGAAGUUGCACCAGAAGCACUCAAGAAACAGCUUAAUGACUUCAUUAUCGAGACAUUGAUGAAUAAGUCUCGUGGUAUAGAAGUUUCUAGCUCUAACUUGGGUAUCUGCGUCUUCUGCCAGGCAAGACAAGCUGUUUAUACAUUCUUACCUUGCCACCACGUUUCUCUUUGCGAAGAAUGCUACCAGGAGAAUAAGGAUAAGCUUAAGUUCUGCCCAAUGUGCCGUAAGACAUUGAAGCUCGUCAAGAAAGACGCUUGCUAA